UUUCAAUCGCUUUAUUUAGAUACAAUGAUCAAAAUUUAGUUAAUCAAAAAAUGUUAUUUUUAAAAUUAUCAAGGUAAAUAACAGUGAUCAUUUAUCUAUGCCCAUUGAACAGAAGGAUGUUAGCACUUGGUAAUCAAUUUUUAACAUAUGCAGAUGUCAGAAAAACUUUGAAUGAUUAUGAAAAUAAUGUAUAUACCAAUUUUUUUAUCUACAAAUGUGAAAAACUAAAAGAGCCAUCACCUUUGGUUUACCGAAAACUAUAUUUUUCCUGUGUUGAGGGGAAAAAGCAAAAAUCAGCUAGUAAAGGAAUUCGAAAAAGGAGAACUAUGAAACAUGAUUGCCCUUCAAAAAUCAUCUUUACUCAUAAAAAGGAACCCUACCCUCUAUUAGAAAUUACAUUAAUUAAUGAAAAUCAUAACCACGUAUUAGAUCCCAUUGUCUUUAGGGAACGGCCUAAACAAAGGAAAUUAAACGAAGAAGAGAAAAAAAUGGUCACAGCAAGUCUUUUGCUUGAUGGAAAUACCAAUAUAGCUUUGAUCAGGAAUGAUUUAAGUGCAAAGGGAAAAUUUAUCAAGAAAAAAGAUAUAUACAAUUUAAAAUACAAAUUAUAUAAAAAUAUUGUUCCGAAUGAUAGUAAUGAUUUAAAUAUUAUUAUUAAAGCAAUGCAAGAUGAUAAUAUUAAUAACAUCAUAGAAAUCUAUAAAGAAGAUAACACCUUCAAAGGGUUAUAUUUUCAGACACCAGCUAUGAAAGAAAUAUUUGCACGCUUCCCAGAACUUUUGCUCAUAGAUGUAACUUAUAAACUGAAUAAUUUUAGUUUACCUGUUUUCACUUUGUACGUUGUUGACGGCGAAGAAUCCACAAGAUUUGCUGGUGUAUGGAUUGUUGCAUCAGAAAAUUAUAAUAACAUUUUUAACAUGUGCGGCUUUUUUAAAAUUAAUAAUAAUAAUCAUAAUAAAAUCCAAAUAAUCCUAUCAGGCACCGACGUUGCAGGUCACCAAGCAUACAAAGACGCAUUUCCAGGGGUAGAAAUAGAAAUUUGUCUUUUUCAUGUAUUUCAAUCAUUUCGACGAGAAAUCACCAUAAAAAAAAGAAACAUUCUUGAUGUCCAAGUAAAACCUAUACUUAAAAUAUUAAAGAAAAUGGUGUAUGCAAGUACACUAGCUAGAUACACGAAAUUUUAUCGACGCUUUGAAAGUAUGCAAGUGGAGGAAGUAUUAGAGUAUUAUAAUAAGAAUUGGCAUCCCAUUCGUGAAGAGUUUUGUUUAGCAUGGCGCCCGCGAAAAAAUAAUUUUAACAUAUUGACCAAUAACCGUACUGAAGUCAUGAGGCGGGUUUUUAAAAUGGUUAACUAUUCUUCCCUAUGCGAUCUUUUUAAAAGAUUAAAAAUUAUUAUAGAUUCCUCGGAGCAAGAAUCUAUCCACAAGAUAAUGAUGAAUGAUAAAAAGAAAAGUUUUAACAAAAUUGAGAUGGAUAGUUCUGAGUAUUUAUACGAGAAAUUGCUAACUACCGCAGGUUUUGAGAAAAUUGAAACCCAACUAAUCUUAUCCAAAACUACAAAAUUAACCAAUUACAUAAGUGCUAAUUAUUAUGAUUGUACUUGUGGAUAUAAAUCGAGAUUACAAAUACCGUGUGAACAUAUUUUAAAAUUAAGGAAAGUGAGUGAUAUACCAUUAUUCGAUGAGAAGCUUGUUGGACAACGCUGGCAUAAAGAGUAUAACAUUCAACCUUAUUUAAAAAAUGAAUUUAUUUUCGAUAAUAAUAAAAAUAUCGAUAAAAUAUUGGAUGAUUUUAUUCCUCCGAUUAGUGAAACUAGCCAGAAAGUUUCAACUCAACGCAAAACUUUCAAACAGUCAAAAAUGAUAGCCGAUCAAAUAGAGAAAGAUAUCUUUCCAACACUGCCAAAUCCAACCUUUAAUGAAGAUUUUGAAAUUCAAAGAAGUUAGGGAUAAUAUAAUGUACA